AAUUACAUCGCAAACGAAGAUAAAAAUGGCUUUCGCUGGAAUUCUAAAAGAUGAUGAUAUUAAGGCAGCAGUGCAGGCGUUCCAAGCACCCGACUCUUUUGAUCACAAGGCUUUCUUCUCGAAGGUUGGUAUGACUGACAAAUCACCUGAUGACGUGAAGAAAAUUUUCGCUAUUCUGGAUCAGGACAAGAGCGGCUUCAUCGAGGAGGCGGAACUGAAGUUUUUCAUGCAAAACUUUGAGGCUGGAGCUCGUGUUCUGACCGAAAAGGAGAACAAGGCUCUGCUGGCCGCAAUCGAUAAGGAUGGUGACGGCAAAAUCGGCUGUGAAGAAUUUGUGGCCCUUGUUAAAGGAUAAAUUCUAGACGAAGAAGCCCAGCUUCCCUGACUGACUUUCAAGGAUGUGAUUUGCAUUUGCCUUUUGCAAUCUCCGCUGUUAGU